GAGGGCUGUACAUCCUUAUGUGGAGCGUGAUGCGCAUGUGUUCGUACAUAUUGAUCAGUAAACAGCGUGUGUCAGCCUCACACGCAUGCUGCUGACACUCACGUCACCUGGUGAUGGAUUAUAGCAUCAGAAGGGUCCUAUGCAGAGCAGAGACCUAUUUGGCUGUUUUUAUGUGAGAGCGGGGGAACAUCAACCUGAAUGCAGCGCUCGUCGCAAAAAAGCCGCUCUCCUUGGCUCUCCUCCACCCUCUCUUCUCCUCUGCUCUUCCACGGAGGUAAUCCUUGCUGACACAAGGCACAAAGGACUAAAUGCAGGCUACAUCCUCCAGCAGCCGAGCUCUCUCUUCCUCCACCUCUAUGGCCAGGCUGUUCGCCCGCACAGCAGGAUGCUGUUUCUCUAAGACUGCUUAAUACUGUAGAUCUCAUCUCUGGAAUACCGGCCUGGCUGCCGUCCUCCUCCGCCCCCUGUAUCCCCUCCUCCUCCUCCUCAUCCUCCUCCUCGGCCGGUUCAUUCAGGGAGCACAUCAGCACAGGACUUCAGCCCUGAGGAGGCGUUUUUUUUUUUUUAAUCUUACUGGAUUCUGGUAGGGCCACUGGUAGAUUACAUUUUUUCAGCAUCUGAUGUGUUUACGUAGCAGAACGUAGGAGCUUCCUCCUCUUCUUCCCUAUUUUUGUCCGCCUCUGUUUUCACCCUGCUGCACAUCACUAAACAAACAGUCACCCCUGAUCUGUUCCCCGAAACCCCCCUGGUGCCGUCCCUGCCUGCAAUAUCUUCGGCAAGAUCCAGCUCCGUCCCCCAGAAGCCUCGGAGGCCCAGUCGCAGCGGAUCUGACAGUGCUGCCAGGCCCCGACCGUUGCGCUCAGCCCCCAGGCCAGGCUCCAGCAGAGGCAGCAUGGAGGUGGGCAUGCGCGUGGUGCGUGGCCUGGACUGGAAAUGGGGAAACCAGGAUGACGGAGAGGGCCAUGUAGGUACCGUGGUGGAGAUCGGGCGACAAGGCAGCACCACCACGCCGGACAAGACGGUGGUCGUGCAGUGGGACAGUGGCACACGGACCAACUACCGCACUGGUUACCAGGGUGCCUAUGACCUGCUGCUGUAUGACAAUGCUCAAAUUGGUGUGCGCCACUCCAACAUUAUCUGCGAUAGCUGCAAGAAGCACGGCAUCAUGGGAAUGCGAUGGAAGUGCAAAGUGUGCUUUGACUAUGACUUGUGCACCCAGUGUUACAUGAACAACAAGCAUGACCUGGGCCAUGCUUUCGAGCGUUACGAGACAGCACACUCCCAGCCAGUGAGCUUGGCACCGAGGCAGAACCUCCCGCGGAUCAUCCUCAAAGGAAUCUUCCAGGGGGUUAAAGUGGUUCGUGGACCUGACUGGGACUGGGGAAACCAAGACGGCGGGGAGGGCAAGGUUGGGAAAGUAGUGGACAUUCGUGGCUGGGACACAGAGUCUGGUCGCAGCGUGGCCAGUGUCACAUGGUCUAAUGGCACUACCAAUGUCUAUCGCAUGGGACACAAAGGCAAAGUAGACCUCAAAUAUGUCUCUGACGGCCAAGGAGGCUUUUACUACAAAGACCACCUUCCCAAACUAGGAGAGCACGCAGAACUGCAGCGUCAGGAGAGUGCUGACGGCCACUCCUUCCAACAGGGAGACAAAGUCAAAUGUCUCUUGGAGGUGGACAUCCUGAGACAGAUGCAAGAGGGUCACGGAGGCUGGAACCCAAAAAUGGCCGAGUACAUUUGCCGGAUCGGGACUGUUCACAGAAUCACUGACCGAGGAGAUGUACGAGUCCAGUACAGCAACAACAUCCGCUGGACCUUUCAUCCAGGGGCCCUCACUAAGGUGAACACUUUUGGAGUUGGAGAACUUGUAAGAGUACUGGAGGACAUGGAGAGUGUGAAGAGACUGCAGGCUGGCCAUGGAGAGUGGACGGACAGCAUGGCUCCUGUUCUUGGCCAGGUCGGGAAGGUGCUGAAAGUUUACGCAGAUGGUGACCUUCGGGUGGCCUUUGGAGGUCAGACAUGGACGUUCAACCCCGCGUGCCUCUCAGCCCAGCCUGUCGAGGUGGAUGCCAACCUCAUGACAGCAGAGAACCCCAACGAAUCUGGAAGUACUGUCAUCUCAGUGUUGGAGAAGCUGCUGUCUCAGUCCACGGAGCAGGACAAUCCCAGCCGGCUGGUGAUCGAGGCAGCACACGGCAGUGCCAACAAAGUGCGGGAGUUGGUGCAGAAGUAUCCUGACAAGGUGGAUAUAAAGAACCAGGGCAAGACGGCUCUUCAGGUGGCUGCCCACCAAGGCCACAUGGAGGUGGUGAAGGCCCUGCUGCAGGCCAACGGCUCCAUCGAGGUCAAGGAUGAAGAUGGAGACACGGCAUUGCACUAUACUGCCUUUGGUAAUCAGGCAGAGAUCGCACGGCUGCUGUUGAGCAAAGGAGCAAAUGUAAACCUCCUGAACAACUCCAUGUGCACAGCGCUCCACAUUGCUGUCAACAAGGGCUUCACAGACGUGGUGCGAGUGCUGACUGAACAUUCAGCUGAUGUCAACCUUCAGGAUUCUUAUGGAGACACACCGCUGCAUGACGCCAUUGCUAAAGAUUUCCGUAACAUCAUUGAGAUCCUGGUGUUGGUGCCCAACAUUGAUUUCACCCAGCAGAACCACAGAGGCUUCAACCUGCUGCACCACGCUGCCCUCAAAGGAAACAAACUGGCCACAGAGAAGAUUCUGGCCCGGGCAAGGCAGCUGGUGGAUGUUAAGAAGGAGGAUGGAUUCUCCGCGCUGCAUCUGGCCGCCCUCAACAACCACCGUGACGUCGCAGAGAUCCUCAUCAAGGAGGGACGCUGCGACAUCAACAUCCGAAACAACCGUAACCAAACGCCACUGCAGCUGGCCGUAACGCAGGGCCACACCGAGCUGGUGCAGCUUCUGGUGGCCGAGGGUGCCGAUGUCAACAUGGAGGACGAGGACGGUGACACGGCCAUGCAUGUGGCGCUCCUCCGCCCACAGCUGGCCAACGUUAUGCUCAGCCCCGCCGUGGGAACCAGCAGCACGGAGGAGAGCAGUGAAGGCUGCUCCUCCACAUCGCUCUACUGCAGGCUGAAUGCUUCAGGUCUUCUGGGGAACACCGAGCUGAGUGUUGGUGCAGCGAUUGCUUGUUUUCUAGCGCAGGAAGGAGCUGACAUCAACUAUGCCAACCACAAAGGCAAGAGUCCCCUGGACCUGGUGGCAGACAGCACUAUGAUGCAACUCAUCAAGAGCUUCUCUGAGAAACACAGGUUGCAGCGUCUCCAGGCCAUCACAUGUGGACAGGGUCUAAGCAGCGCAAGCCUACGGAGGGUCCACACUACACCUAACACAAUGACAAACCUGGUUCUUCCCACACCGCCAGGGCCCAGUGAAUGCCUCAUCUGCUCAGAGCUGGCUCUGCUGGUUCUCUUCUGUCCCUGCCAGCACAGCGUGGCCUGUGAAGAGUGUGCCCAUCGAAUGAAGAAAUGCAUCAAAUGCCAAGUCACAAUCACCAAGAAAAUUAGACAAGACCAAACAGAGGUGGACUGCAGCCCCGGCACUGAAAACUCGGAGCAGCACAACUUGCUGGAGCAGCUGCAGUCUCGCUACCGGCAGAUGGAGGAGCGGAUCACCUGCCCCAUCUGCAUCGACAACCACAUCAAGCUGGUCUUCCAGUGCGGACACGCCUCCUGCAUCGACUGCAGCGCCGCGCUCAAGACCUGCCCCAUCUGCCGGCAGACCAUCAGAGAGCGCAUACAGCUAUUCGUCUGAGCUCCUCUGUCCUCUCAGCUCUUAAACACCCAAAGAGGAUGUCAGAGAGGGGGAACUGGGGAGAAGCAGGAGGGGCUACUGUUACAUUUGAAGACCCAGUGACCUUUAUCUGCCUGUCACACCCUCCUGCUCACUUGCCCCCCCCUCUCAUAAAUAAACUUUACCACAUGACGCUGUGUUACAUCUCUGAGAGUCCACUGUUACAUUUUCACAAGUUUCCCUCUUAAACAGCACAGACAGAUGACUUCUAAAUUGAUUUUCAGCGUCAGAACUGAUGUCCCGCCAAGCCCAGAUGAGGAGCAGACGAGAGGAAGUUUUGAGGCUAAGCUGCCACUUUGAAAACUGAUCGGUAAGCCGGGAGAAAACGGUCCACCACUUCUUCUUUCCUUCACGCCCACUCAGCCUCCACCUCCUGUAAUCUGUCCUCUCUUUGCUGCUUUAAGUGGAUGUCUGUUACCCAUCAUCCUCUCUGGCUGUCUGGCCUCCUCUGUUUACACGGCUGCACAGAAUCGGUCCCUGUCCUCUCGGCCUGUCCUGUGAAUUAUGUUUGCUCUCAUUUGUACCAAUCUCUUAAUAAUCAGUGUUAGUCUCUGCAGAGGGAGUUGGUAUAACUAAAGGCUCUCUAUAUAGUCCCCAGCCACUCGCCUGUAUGCAAGGGGAUUUACACACUAUAUAUGCAUGAAGGUAUGCAUAUUGUAAAGCUGAAAUGACUGUGUCGUCAUGGGUGGUUUGUCAUUGUCAGUGUUUUAUUUCUCUGGUUACAUCUGUGAUUUUAUUGUACCCAUAAGUACAGAUUUUUAUUUAUGUGUGAAAGGUGGUGUUACCUAGUAAUGUCCUUUUUUCAGUUGGUGUUUGCUUGGUUAAAAUGUUUUUGUUUGUACUGAAAUUCACCCCAAGCCUAUGUCCUCUUCUCAGGGUAUCAAAUCAUUGAAAGCACUUGUGAUAUCCAUGAAAGGUUAAUGACCAACCCCUCAGCAGCCAUUGGUAGAAAAACGCAGCAUAUCAGAGUGGAUAAUGAGUCAUUUUAGUGAAGCGUUACUCAAAGAAAAGUUCAAAACGGUAUGCAGUCAUUAAAAUUAGCAGAGGUGGGCACAUUUCAUAAAAAAAAUGACUUUGUUAACUGUUAAACCAUUAAAAAGGAUCUUAACUUUGAUAUCUGAAGUUUGCAUUAACUUUUAGAGUUGUUGAAAGUCCAACAGUCCACCCCAGAUUAUUUACACAACUGUAGACAUGUCAUCCCAUAUAUGACUAAAGAUAUGAUUCUUUCAAUUCCAACCAUGCAAACUGUCCCAAUAUCCAUCUAACACAGCAACCAAAAUCUACUCAUCCACCAACUAACAAUUCAUAGAGCCACUAAAAUCACCUUUUGAAGCUUCACUGUACCCUACUAAUCAUCUAUCCCAAUAAAAACAGACCUGCUUCACCAGAAAUGGUCCAAAUCAAAUAAAAGAUUUAACCCAAACACAUCACUUCCAUAAAUAUCUUUUUCUUUUGAGUUAUAAGAAAGCUGAGGUCAUACUACAUGUUUUUGUCUUUUAUAAUUGUCAUGAUCAGGCAAUCACAGAGCCAGAAUUUGUGCAGUGGCUUGACUGACAUGCUUGACAGAUGAACCAUUACAACCAAUGUAAUGAUGCUGAAAGGAAGCAGGGCUGAGCUAGGCUAAACCUGGAAUCACGACUGCAUUCAAACAUACUUUAUUCACUGUCCUAUCCUGUAUGUUUGUCUAUCAAAACUUUACGUUAAUUAAUUUGAUGGUAAUGUUAACAGCUGUUAGUCAUCUCACAGCACCAACUUCAUCACUCUAACCUCACUUUCUAUUUUUAUUUGUCCUUUAUUUUAGCAGGGAGAACCCGCUGAGACCAAGCUCUCUUUUCCAGGCAUACCCUGCAGUAACACAGGAAAUAAGAAAAAAACAGAUAACAUGGUUGAAAUGAUAUCAGAUACAUUCAUAAACACAUUUCCAUAAAGGAAAAUCCAUGCUCUAAUCAAUAAAUCAAAUUUUUAAGUUGUUGCACUUUCCCUAUAGAGUCGAGACACAACCUCUAAAAAUGUCAUAUGAUACCAGAGAGGGCAAGCUAGUUAUGUUUGGAAAUUAUUCCACAUAAUGGGUGCAAUUUCCAUUUGGUUUGUUUACAUUUGUGACUGCACUCUGUGCUCCUUUUGGUCAGUGUCACUGAGGUCAUGGAGCAAAUCAUAGAAGACAGGGCAAAAUCACAUAUGCUAGACUUUGUGUUAGUAGAUUUUGAGAUGUCUCAGACAUGUGCUUCGUUGUCAUUCAUCAUAUUUAAAAUGCUACAGCAGAUUAAACUGCUAAUUUUUGGGAAUGACAGGUCUUGAAACCAUUUAAACUGUUGGGCAGUAACCAUGCUACAAAUCUAGUCUUACCUUGGUUUGAAAACUUUAAUUAUUUUCAAAUAUUAUCUUUGCUACAGCCUAGCUGAGUUAAGUAACUCCAUGCAGGUAAAGCAGCAUUUCACAGUAAAAGCAUCCUGGUAAUUUGGCUGAAAGUUCAAUAAGCUCUGAAGUACAGGAGGCUGCUUAGAAAGUCACAUUAACGGACACUGAAUUUAACUGAAUUAAAAGGUUCUGAUGUUUGUUUCUUGAAAUUAACAUCUACAUUAAAAAUGUAUUAGAGAAAACUAAACACACAUCUGCGGUGCACCAGCUAUGUGUAAGCUCAAACGUACCCUAGUGUAAAAAUUCAGCAAUGACACAAUUUAGCUAGUUUCAAUGAAGGGUUUACUGCUGACUUUAUGGCAAACUUAACAUAAUAAUUCAUGCAUUUCUGGUGCAAGAGGCUACAGAUAAUUAAUGAUUAAUGGAUUAAAAUGUGCCCAGCUCUGCAAAUUAGCUGCAGAAAGAGUGGAUUCAACAUUCAAAAAUAUCAUCCUCAUUAGUGAAAUGAAUGUUUGCAGAGGAGUUUCUGCAACAAAAACUGACAUUUUCCUCAAAAGCAUCCCAGAUUGACCAGUGAGCUCUUUUUUUCUGUUGGAUUUUAUACAGAGCUUUGUGUUGGUUUGCCUGUUUGUGUCUGAAGACCACCGUCUGUGGGGUGUAGAGACCAUAACCAGCACUGGUUUAAAGGAGGAUACCGUGUUUUGUGUUUGCUUCACCAGAUGUAUAAUAAAAUGUAGAAUCAGAAGGGCAAAAACAUGACGUAGUUGUGUUGCACCUCUAGUUCCACUCUCUCCUUGUGGAGUCAUGUCUCUUUUCUCCUCUCUAGUUCUGGAUUGUACAUCAUCUUCAUCCUUUCUAAUGUUUUGAUGUGUUUUCUUGAAGGGCUUAUGCAUAUAAGAAAAACUACUAUUUUAAUCUUUAUUUAAUUUUAUUUUCUAUGAUAAACUUCCAGAGACAGGAGGAUUUUUUUGUCUUUUUUUCGAUCCCAACUUUUGGGAGAGCCAAUGUUUAAGAUGUACAUUUGAAUGUCGGGGAAAAAAAUGUAUCCUGUCUCACUCUGCCUUUUUUUAAAGAUAAAGAGAUGAUAAAGGUUUGAGCUGGAGUGGCUGAGAGGUGUUUACCACGAGGUUUUCUUUGAGGAAAGAACUUUUACAUCAGUGCCAAAUCGCAUGAGGAUGUGCAUGGGCAUGCACGCCCGAAUUUAUCUACACACACUUAGCUCAGUCCCUCCAAGAUGAAGCGAGGGUUCAGUUAUUCCAGCAGUGUUAAGUCGACUAAAGCAAACAUUCAAAUUUAAUUUAAAUCAGAGGUGAUCUCUCAGCACAUCCUGCUUCUGGUGUUAGCAGUGAGGCUAAUGGUGUUAGCAUCCUAACUUUAGCGUAGUGCUCUGAACCUCAUGUUCUCUGUGACGAGUGAUGCUAGUCACUUUGAGAGUAUUAUCAGUCCCAUAUUGUUUGGAGCUUUUUACAGGUAUAUAUAUUUAUAUUUUAUGAGACAUUAUUAAUCUAGGGACACGUUUCUUACACAGAUUCAAACAUUUAAAGGAUUGUGCGAUGGUGUUCUGAGUUCCGAUGGAUUUUCAGGCAAAGGCAAUAAUGUUUUAGAAACAUGAGGAAGAUGUUUGAGUUCUUUCUUUUCUCCCUCUGAAGGAGGCGGCUGUGAGGGCGGGAAACAAUUUAUGUAUAAAAACACUUUAAAAGCAGCAAAUGUUACUCUUGGUGUUUGUACAGUUCAGCUCUUGGAGUUCUGAUGUUGGCCUUACUGUCCAUUCCUCCUCUGUUGAUGUUUUUUCAGUUGUAUUCUGUACAAAAAUAUUUUGCAAUAAAUAUGGAACUGUUUUCUAAGGA